GACUGAGAUGUUCUUGGCUUAGGUCAAUGUUUGGAUAUAGUUGGGAAGAGGGAGGUCAGUGAUCGGUGCAUCCUUGGGGAUGGUCAGUGAGCGAGGCGGCCUUGUGAAGAGGUCAUUGUUUGGGGCAGCCUUGUCUUGGAGGGUCUGAGUGUUUGGGUCUUGAUAGGACGGACAGUGAUAGUAGGACUCAAAAUCAGAAUGAUCUGGGCUGGCUGUGUGAUCCAUAUUUUAAUUAUGAUGUAGGUAGGCAUUGGUAGCCAAGAGAUUUGUGGGAGUUGGAACUUCAGAAAGUCUUUGGGUUUUGGAGGGCGUUGGGAUUUUCAAGCUCACUGACUUCUCAUAGAUGACGUUACUGCCUUCUUUAAAACCUGCUUUCCAACUUCCUCUGUCCUCUGAAUCACCCCAUGUGAUGAACAUCCUCAAUGUUUCCACAACAAUGAAAAUUGCUUUGAAAUGACUGGGGUCCAAACAAAUCUAAGGUCCUGGCUUCCUGGGAUAAAAUAUUUCCUAUGAGGGAAAGAAGUAAAGGUACCAAGAUCAGCACUUUAUCCUUGACCAGAGACCACCUUCAGAGAAGAGCCCAGAGUCAACAACAGAGCAAAUAAUAGAGUUGCUGGCUGGGUCUAAGGGCUUCAGAAAAUGUCCAAGUCCCAAGGCUCACUGUCAUUCAAGGAUGUGGCUGUGGGUUUCACCUGGGAGGAGUGGCAGCUACUGGACCCUGUUCAGAAGAACUUGUAUCAAGAUGUGAUGUUGGAAAAUUAUAGCAACCUACUAUCAGUGGGGUAUCAGGUUACCAAAGCAGAUGCAUUCUUCCACUUGGAACAAGGAAAACCAUGGAUAAUAGAGGAAGAAAUCCAGAAUCAGAUUCAUCCACGGGAUGCCUGGCAAGUCAACGAUCAUACAGAAUGGCACCAACAAAACCAAAGCAGCCUUGAAACUAGUGAUCACAAAUAUCAUACAUUUGGGAAAAUAGUAUCUUAUCUGUGUUCAAACCUUUGUGUCCCUUCAGCACCAAGAUCUCACACAUUGGACACACUUGGGAAACAUCUGAAACCGAAUCUAGACUACGUUAUUCAGGAUGGAAACUAUACAAGAGAGGAAGUUGAAUUUAAUGGAUAUGAUAAUUUUUUUCUUUACACUAAGCAUGGGAAAAUUCAUACUGGAAAACAAUGCAGUGGAUAUAAUGCAUGUGUAAAGGUUUUCAGCCAUGAGUCACAGCUCAUUAAACAUUGGAAAACUCAAACAGGAGAGAAACACUAUGACUGCAGUGACUGUGAGAAAGUCUUUUCCCAGAAGUCAGAUCUCAAUAAGCAUCGAAGAACACAUACAGGAGAGAAACCCUAUGGAUGCAGUAGAUGUCAGAAAGCCUUCAGCCAGAAGUCCCAUCUUAUUUUACACCAGAGAACCCAUACAGGAGAGAAACCCUAUGAGUGCAAUAAGUGUGGGAAAGCUUUUACUGAUAAGUCAUGCCUUAAUAAACAUCAAAGAACUCACACAGGAGAGAAACACUUCAAGUGUCAUAUAUGUCAGAAAGGCUUCAGUGAUAAGUCACAACUCACAUUACAUCAAAGAAUUCAUACAGGAGAGAAACCCUAUAGUUGUGGUGAAUGUCAGAAAAGUUUCAGCAAUAAGUCACAGCUCAUUAUUCAUCAGAGAGCUCACACAGGAGAGAAACCCUAUGGCUGUGAUGAAUGUGGGAAAACAUUCCCCCUUAAGUUUAGCCUCAUUCUACAUCAAAAAACUCAUACUGGGGAAAAGCCUUAUGGAUGUAGUGAAUGUGGGAAAGCCUUCAUCCAGAGAUCUGAGCUCAUUAGACAUCAGAGAACUCACACAGGAGAGAAACCUUAUCAUUGCAGUGAAUGUGGGAAAGGCUUCAGUGUGAAGUCACUUCUCAAUACGCACUGGAGAACUCACACGGGAGAGAAACCCUAUGGAUGCAAUGAAUGUGGAAAAAUGUUCUCCAUCAAAUUUAGUCUCAUCCUACACCAAAGAACUCAUACAGGUGAGAAACCCUAUGAGUGCAGCCAGUGUCAGAAGGCUUUCACUCAAAAGUCACACCUAACUAUUCAUCAGAGGUCUCACACCGGAGAGAAACCUUAUGAAUGCAGUGAAUGCCACAAAGCCUUCAGCCGGAAGUCCUAUCUCCUUAUCCAUCAGAGAAUUCACUCGGGAGAGAAACCUUAUGAAUGCCUUGAAUGUGGGAAAACUUUCUCUCACAAGUUUAGCCUCAUUAUUCAUCAGAGAAUCCAUACAGGAGAGAAACCAUAUGGAUGCAGUGAAUGUGGGAAAACUUUCCCCAUCAAGUUUAGCCUUGUUUUACAUCAGAAAACACAUACAGGAGAGAAACCUCAUGAAUGCAGCAAAUGUCAGAAAUCUUUUGCCCAGAAGUCACAUCUUAUUAUACAUCAAAGAACUCACACAGGUGAGAAACCUUAUGGAUGUAGUGAGUGUUGGAAAAGUUUCUCCCACAAAUUUAGCCUCAUUCUACAUCAGAAAACUCAUAGCAGAAAGAAAUCAUGAAACAAGCGAAUAUCUGAAAGUUGUCAUUGAGAGGGAAUAGCUCAUUAUUCCACACAAUUUACAUAAGAGUGAAACCUCAAGACUGCAGCAAAUGUGGACAAGCUUCUUUUAAAACUUGCAUGCCAUUUCCCAUCAGGGAAUAGUGUUGAGUAUGCUGCCAGUCAGGAGGCAAUACCUUUCCCAAUAAAUAUCAAUUGAAUAUAAGCCAGAGGGAACAAACAGGAAGGGACAUAUAUGUAUUGAUUGAUUGUGAAGAUGUUGUUGGCAUAAAAUUCAGCUGUAUUGGUAUCAGAGAAUUUACAUUCACGUUGAGGAAGAAAUUCUAUAUUUUAAUGAAUCUGAUGAAUCAUGCUCUCAUGGGUAUCAUUUUAUAGGGGCUGUCAUUUUUCUGCUGUUGUGAUAUAGAAAGUAUUAAAUAUGUAAAUAAAUAUGCUGGUCAGAAAACAAUGCAAAAAAUAUACCAGAAGAAUCCCAAGUAUGUAAGUGUUUUGUACCUAUUUUUAUUAUUUUUAUCAUACUGAGACUUGCAUGUGUGAGUGUAACAAUUGUGAAUACAUAGUAAAUAUGUUUAAAUAUACAUAAAACCUUCCCAAAGAAUAUCUGUAGUGAAUCUUUAUAAUGCUACCUAAAUUUCAUUGAACUACAAUGGCUCAUUAUUUUAGUAAGAAAUCUCAAUACAAUACUGCAUAUCUUUUUCUCCCUAGUGUUUGCUACUAUUUUUAAAUGGAUCUGGAAGAUGUUGUGCCUCUCUAGUAAACU